AUGGAUGUGAAGCAUAAAGAAAUGCAGUUCCUUGGAACCUUUGAAGUCUUCAAAGAAACCUACAAAGUCAUCAACAAAAACAAAAAGAUCUUUGCCUUGGCGGCUCUUUGCUUCAUCCACCCUCUAAACAUAUUUCUUUCAAGCUUAAUGGGAACCUUAAAUGAAAUCCUCAGAAACCUCCAUGAUUAUGGGAAUACAUCACAUCUCUUCUCCCACAAUAUGUCCCCUUUUUGGCCCUACGACGUCUUAUACAUCACAUUCAUUUUCGGUAACUCGAUCAUCUCCACCGCCGGCGUGUCUCACACCGUUGCUGCCUUAUACACCAACCAAGAACCGUCCAUUAAUGAUACCAUGAACGUAGUAGCAAAGGUUUGGAAAAGAGUUCUCGUCACAUUUAUUUGUGUUCUUUUGGUUUUCUUGGUGUAUCAUAUCAUAGCUGGAUUUGCUUUGUACUUGAUUGUUUUGCCAUUAGGGAAACUUGAUGAAACAACUUCCGGUGUGGCUUUUGUUUUUUACUUUGUUGGGUGGUUGUAUUUGGUAGUGGUGUUUCAAUUGGCUGGUGUAGUUUCUGUGUUGGAAGAGUCAUAUGGGUUUAAAGCCUUGGCCAAGAGUAGGUUGCUUUUGAAGGAUAAGAUGGCAUCGGGGACGGUCAUCGUGUUGGCAAUUUAUUUUGGUUUUGGGGUUUUUCUAUGGCUAAAGGCUCUCGUUAGAAAGAUGCUUUUCACGUCGUCGUCAAUAUUUAUGUGGAUGCAUGUGUUGGGCAGCUGGUCAUUACUAUUGUUGAUAUUGGUGUUCUUGUUGUCGUGGCUCGUGUUGGAGACGAUGUUCUAUUUCGUCUGCAAAUCGUAUCACCUUGAGAGUAUCGACAUGCCGGCUAUCUCAGAUCAAGAUCAAGCUCCUUUAAGAAGCUCAGAAUGUUAA